UUAGACACUUGAGCCGAUUUAUACCAAGACACCAAGAAAUACAAUUGUUUUCUACCAAGUUAGAGCUGCAUCCAUGGACCUCUCUCUGUCUCUGAUGCCUUCCCCAUAUCCUGUAAGCUUCAAACUUGUUCAGACUCCCUCUCCAUACAGAAGCAGAUACAUAAGAACCCAACAAGGUAAGCUACUUAUUUUCACAACACUUUCGUGCUCUGCUAGAAAUCUUGCUGAUAAAACACACCAGACAUCCCCAAAAGAUUAUGGCUUUCACUCCCAUAGUGAAGAACCCAAGUUGGGUUUUGAUGAAAUUACUAGUAGAUUGCAUGUACAGAGUUUAGUUGACAGAAUUAGAGCUUUGCACACUGGAGAGACAAGUGAAAUUCUUAGUAUUUUUGAGCAAGAUGGUUGCUUUAGAACCAUUUCUGAGUUCAAUGAUCUGCUCAUGGCUUUAGUUGUAGCUAAAGAGUUUGAUAUUGCUUUGAGCUUGUAUGAUGAAAUAUCAUCUUACUGUUUAGUUCCUGAUUCUUCCACAUUUUCUAUUGUGAUUACCUGUUACUGUGAGAAAAAUUAUCUGGAUGAGGCCAAGAGGGUUUUAGUCCAUAUGAUUGAAAAUGGGUUUAACCCAAGUGUUGCAACAAUGACUUUUGUGAUAGAUUCAUUAUGCAAAAAGGGUAGAUUGCAGAGAGCUUUGGAGGUUUUUGAGGUGAUGGGUAGAGUUGGGUCCAAGCCCACUGUUCAAAUGUACAAUUGCUUGUUAAAGGGUUUGUGCUAUGUGGGAAGAGUGGAGGAUGCAUAUGAAAUGUUGAUGAAGAUAAAGAAGGGUGUUGUAGAACCUGACAUUUUUACAUACACAGCUGUUAUGGAUGGUUUUUGUAAAGUGGGUCGCACAGAUGAGGCGAUGGAACUGCUUAAUGAAGCUGUGGAGUUGGGAUUAAUACCAGAUGUGGUUGCUUUCAAUACUCUGUUUGAUGGGUACUGCAGGGAGGGUAGGGCAAUGGAGGGACUUAAUGUGUUGAAGCAGAUGAAGGAGAGAAACUGCAUCCCUGAUUAUAUUACUUAUAGCACAUUGUUACAUGGAUUGUUGAAAUGGGGUAAGACCCGUAAUGCGCUAAGGAUUUACAAGGAGAUGGUGGAAAUUGGUUUCGAAGUGGAUGAGAGAUUGAUGAAUGCUCUUGUGAGAGGGUUAUGCAGGAGAUCAUCGAAGGAAAAAGACCUGUUGGAAGAUGCCUGUGAACUGUUUGAAAAAUUGCAGAAUGGGGUUUCUGACAUAGAAGCUAGUACAUAUGGGCUUAUGAUCCAAAGUCUUUGCAUGGAAAAGAAGAUUGAUGACGCUAUGAUCAAUUUGAAGCAGAUGAUGGCAGUGGGUUAUUCACCAUGGAUGAUCACCUUUAACAAAGUGAUUCAAACCCUCUGUUCUGAGGACAAGAUGAUUGAUGCAUUUGUAGUUUUAGGUACUGCGUAUGAAUGUGAUAGAGUAGCAAGUAGAGCAACUUAUAACCUUUUGAUUCAAAAGUUGAAUCAACAUGGCAAUAUGCUAGAAGCUUGUAGUGUAUAUGGUGCGGCAUUGAAGAGAGGUUUAAUUCCGAAUAAAAGGCCUCAACAAUGAGGAAACCUUACUGUAGGAGUUUAAAGGUCCAUGAGUUCCUCUGUGAUUUAUUUGCCAUGAAAAUAUGCAGGCUUGCAUUGCACUGAAAUUGGAAGAUAACAGUAUUAUCAGUGCCUAUUGGCUGGUUGUCAAGGUUGAGAAAGCAGUGGGUCAUAGUUCCCUGGGUACUUGAUCAAAUGAUUCUUCUUCUUCUUCUUAAUGGAAGCUUCUUUUGUCUCUCAAGAUUCCUAGCACAGCAAAAAUCUUCUUUCGAGGGCAAUCCAUGAUAUUCUUCCUUGUGGGUUUAAUCUUUUGAACAGAAAGUUUUUAAUGAAGUUUGGUGUCCUAGAUGGCUAGAUGCCUAAUGCCACUCCUUUGCGGAAACAAUAUGUCAUGCCUUGUGAGAAUGUAAAAUGGCAAAGGAGGUAUGGCGUUGCUCUUGUCGAUGUGGUGUACUGAUGCUGUAGGCACUAGGAGGCUCUUUUGCUGAUCAUUUCUUCCAGAACGUGAGUUCCAUUAUGACCAAGGAAGAGCUGUGUGGUUUUAGUCAUGUUUUGUUGGAAGAUAUGGUAUAACAGGAACAUUGUGGUUAACUCCAAUCCUGUGUUCAGUGCUGAUGUGCUUCAAGUGAUUACUAUGCAAAUAAUUGAAGAAUUUAGAGCCGUACGACGUGGAACCUUUGCAAAUCCGCAGCUUGACUUAGGAGCCUAUGCCUUCACCUUUUGUCAAAAACUCAACGCGAAUGGUCUGGAUGGUGCUGAGCUAGAAAAGAAUAUUGUGGAGUAGGUGCUGUAAUUAGAAACGAAAUUGGUGAGUUCUUGGCUGCUCAGCGUUAUAUUUGUCUUUGUAUGUUACCUUAUGAUUUGUUUUUAAGAGCUAUACGAUCUAAUAAGUACAUUAGAUCUAAUUUGCUAAACAAAUCAAAGCUAAAAUCAAGGACCUCAAGAUGAGACAAGGACAAGAAGGAACCAACACUUUGAUCUAGGGAAUUGUUGGAGAUCGAGAUUCAAGUGGGUGAGAUGUGUGAGAUUUCCUAGUAGUACUGUUGAUGAAGGAAAAGUGGUAUCUUGUUUGAGUGCGAGCCCUUUGGAGGGCAAUGACUGAUGGGUGACCCAACCAGCCGCAUUGCAGUUGAUGCCUUGCCACAGGCCACAGUCAUCGGAAGUCCAGUUUAAGAAAGAGGGAGAAGAAAGAGUGAGGGCGAAGGACAAGAGCGAAGUCCGUUCAGUUUGGCUGCAUGCAUGGAUAUUAGUAGUAGUACCCUGCAUGUAACAGAACACGAUCACAAAAAGAAGGAAACAAUGAGUCAUAUUAAGUAACUGAUCUUGUUGGAUACAUGUAUAUGUCUUUAUGUACGUAUAUAUACACAUUGGAGAUUUGGAGAUGUCUGGCUGACUGGAAUACCGACUUAGUUAUGCCAUAUGUUUCAUGACUUUCAUCUGAUUUGAAUUGUUUAUCCGUUGGUUUA